AGGUUCCUGGUGCCCGCGGAAUCCGCGACCCCAGCGCCCCUGCGCAGUGCCCAGCUGAAGCACGCUCCGAGGCCCAGGGGGUCCCCCUCCCGUGGGGACUCCGUCUCUAUUUGGGGGGAAGGGGUGGCUCAGCGGAAGCCCCGAGUUAUAAUUAGCCCCACUCAGGUUUCCUAGUUAAUCUCCAGCAGCACCACCACUCCAGCUCAGAGUGACAGGGGCUGGGCGAGGGGUGCCUGCCCCGAGAGGGGGGAGUUCUGACCCGGGGAAUUUUGAUCCGUUGGCUGGAGAUGCCGGAACCGCAGCAGCUGCUGCCCCAAAAUAGCGCUCCUGCCCCUGCCUGCAGCCGGAGAUCUCCGGAGCUCCGAGAACACCAGCGUCUCGGCUCGCCCUUCAGACCCCUCGGCAAUGGCCCGCGAACCCACAGACCCCCCGCCCCAAGUUCUGGGCUCCUAGACUCGAGGCGGGGAACGCGGUCCUUUUCUUAGGCUCUACUGCCUCCCGCUGGCAGCAGCAUGCACCGCAUCACCGGACGGAUGAGGGAUCUAACCCUGGGGGGCAAGAGCUGGAAGCCUGUUUUCUGAGGCUAGGCAAGGGCAGUGCGCAGCUGACGGGCAACUGCAGGUCCCAGAGCUGUGCGCCAGACCGUGGAUGAGGCGGGGCAGGGUGGAAGAAUGUGUGUUAAGUGGACAGAAUUGGGGGUGCCCUGGGGCCUGCAGCACCCACACCAACCCCAACCCAUCCCCACAGGGCCCUGGCCCUGGCCAGAGCAGGAGAGUCUGCGCCUUCAAGCCACCCCAAGGUCCCCCAUUGGCGCCUCCCAUCAGUGAGGGCCCCGCCCCUGUCUGGUGGCCUGUGCGUGGACUGCAGCCUCUGGUGCGGCUGCCCUCACUGCUCACUGCUCCCAUUGGGCCCAACCCUGUCCACCCAGCUGGGGGAAGAAGACUCCUUCCUGCCCUGUCAGCCAUGAGGCCCCCCUCCUGUCUUCUGAACACACCCUCUCUGGCUUCCCCACUUUUCCUCCUCCUCUUCUUCCUGGGAGGAGGGGCAGAGGCUGAGGAAGACCCAGAGCUGCUGGUGACGGUGCGUGGGGGCCGGCUGCGAGGCAUCCGCCUAAUGGCCCCUGGGGGCCCUGUCUCUGCUUUUCUGGGCAUCCCCUUCGCAGAGCCACCUGUGGGCCCCCGCCGCUUUCUGCCACCAGAGCCCAAGCGGCCCUGGCUAGGUGUGCUGGAUGCCACAGCUUUCCAAAGUGUCUGCUACCAAUACGUGGACACCUUGUACCCUGGGUUUGAGGGCACCGAGAUGUGGAACCCCAACCGUGAGCUAAGCGAGGACUGCCUCUACCUCAAUGUGUGGACACCAUACCCCCGGCCUGCCUCCCCGACCCCUGUGCUCAUCUGGAUCUAUGGGGGUGGCUUCUACAGUGGCGCCUCCUCCCUGGACGUGUAUGAUGGUCGCUUCCUGGCCCAGGCAGAGGGGACUGUGCUGGUGUCCAUGAACUACCGGGUAGGAGCCUUUGGCUUCUUGGCCCUACCGGGGAGCCGAGAAGCCCCAGGCAACAUGGGCUUACUGGAUCAGAGGCUGGCACUGCACUGGGUACAGGAGAAUGUGGCAGCCUUUGGGGGGGACCCAAUGUCAGUGACUCUGUUUGGGGAAAGUGCAGGUGCUGCUUCUGUGGGCAUGCACCUGCUGUCCCCACCCAGCCGGGGCCUGUUCCACAGGGCUAUGAUGCAGAGCGGUGCACCCAAUGGGCCUUGGGCCACAGUGGGUGUGGGAGAGGCCCGCCGCAGGGCCACGCUGCUAGCCCGCCUUGUAGGCUGUCCCCUGGGUGGCACUGGUGGCAAUGACACAGAGCUGGUGGCCUGUCUGCGGACACGGCCGGCUCAGGACCUGGUGGACCACGAAUGGCAUGUGCUGCCUCAGGAAAGUGUCUUCCGCUUCUCCUUUGUGCCUGUGGUGGAUGGAGACUUCCUCAGUGACACACCUGAGGCCCUCAUCAAUGCUGGAGACUUUCAUGGCCUGCAGGUGCUGGUAGGUGUGGUGAAGGAUGAGGGCUCCUAUUUUCUGGUGUAUGGGGCCCCAGGCUUCAGCAAAGACAACGAGUCUCUCAUCAGCCGGGCCCAGUUCCUGGCUGGGGUGCGGGUCGGGGUCCCCCAAGCAAGUGACCUGGCUGCCGAGGCUGUGGUCCUGCAUUACACAGACUGGCUGCACCCUGAGGACCCAGAGCGCCUGAGGGAGGCCAUGAGUGAUGUAGUGGGCGACCACAACGUCGUGUGCCCUGUGGCCCAGCUGGCUGGGCGACUGGCUGCCCAAGGUGCUCGGGUCUAUGCCUACAUCUUUGAACACCGUGCGUCCACGCUCUCCUGGCCCCUCUGGAUGGGGGUGCCCCACGGCUAUGAAAUCGAAUUCAUCUUUGGGCUUCCCCUGGAACCCUCACUAAACUACACUGUGGAGGAGAGAAGCUUUGCCCAGCGCCUGAUGAGAUACUGGGCCAACUUCGCCCGCACAGGGGACCCCAAUGACCCCCGGGACCCCAAAGCCCCCCAGUGGCCACCGUACACAGCGGGAGCGCAGCAGUACGUGAGCCUGAAUCUGCGGCCGCUGGAGGUGAGACGGGGACUGCGCGCUCAAGCCUGUGCCUUUUGGAACCGCUUCCUACCCAAAUUGCUCAGCGCGACCGCCGCGGAGGCUCCCAGCACCUGCUCAGGCCCCGCCCACGGGGAGGCUGCCCCGAGGCCCAGGCCCGACUUCCCCCUGCCCCUCCUCCUCCUCUUCCUCAUCCUUUCCGGGCUCCUGCGUCUGUGACCGGGGCCUCUUCCCCCUCCGACCUUAGGGGCCCCCUCCUCUAAUGAGUGGUCGGACCGUGGGGAAGGGCCCCACUCAGGGAUCUCCGACCCAGCGUCCCCUCCCGCCUCAAACCGACUCAACCUGGACAAGGGCAGCGUUGGGGGAACGGGGGGAGGUGACCCACGACCCAUCUCAGGGAGCGUCUUUGUUGUUCAAAUGUAAAUGAAAAGGCCGAUUUUCUUUAUAUAUAUAUAUAUAUAAUUAUUUGGAGACUGAGCCGGGUGUUGGAGGAAGAGGGAGGCUGGGGGCCUAGAUAGCACUCCCAAGCGGGGCUAUAAUUGUCAACCAUUUCUGUCUCCUCUCUUUUCCCCACUGACCCACGAACCCUCACCCAUUCUGAUCCGUUCUGUCCUGUCUUCCGGUCAUUUUCUACCCCUUCCUCCUCCCCGCCAUCCUCCUCUACCCUCAUCCUCCCUCUCGUCUACCGUCUUUGGCACAUUCACCUCCUGAUCUUUCCAUCCCAUGUGGCCUCCUGCACUUUCAUUUCCCCAACCCACUUCCCUAUGUCCC